AUGAAGGGAGUCAAAUUAAGGCCCACUUUUUGUUCGUUACAAAUGAGAAGCUUCAACACAGCGCUAAUCAAGUCCAAAAUUGACACGCUAGAAAACUACGCGAAGAAGAACCAGUUGCACAAACUGCGGAUGAACGACUUGUUCGAUGUGCUGAAACUGUCCAAAACGGAAGAAGACUACAAGCUGUCCCUGCACCUGCUCAACCUGUACUACAAUUUUGGGAGGAACUUAAACACACAGCAGGAUGUUAAUUUAUUUUUUAUUUUCAUCCUGAGGACGAAGCAGCUGAGCGAGGCCAAAGAGCUGCUUAAAUAUUUCAACGGAUGGCUGCUUUGCCCCCCGUCGAACAAAUACAUUUUGCUAUGCAUGGAAGAAUUUUUAAAAAAGAAAAAAUUUUACGAUGUGCGAGAAAUAUUUUCCUUCAUACGACAGAACAGCCAAAUAAAACUGGAAAGUUCCUUCUACGCAGUGACCAUAAAGGCCAUGUUGAUGUUGGAAAAGAACUCUUUUGAGGAGGCCAUGAUAAUAUACGACGAUUCAUACGAUAUGUCUAUCUAUUUGACGAACGAAAUUCACAAUUUCCUGUUGGAGAAAAGUUUGUACGUUUAUCACACCGUAAAGGAGAUGAAACCUGAGAAUGAAGAAUUACUGGAGAAAUGCAAAGGAAACGUGGAAAAGAUAAUUAUACGACUAAUAAACGAGUUAAUAAAAAAUAGGACGUCAAUAAAAUUGUCCUCAAAGACAUUGAGUCUGUUUGCCUGGGCAAACAUGUACUUUGACGUUAACGAAAUUAUAAAGAAAGCGAAUCAUGACUUGGUGGAUGUCCAGGCGUGCAACACCUGGUUGGACAUUUUAAAAUUGUCCUGUUUGUAUAACCAAAUUCCUGAAUGCCACUGUAGUCCCUUUUCGGAAGAAUUCAAAACAGUUUUGAGGAGAAUGAAGGAUGACGAGGAUGCCGCCCGGGCGCUGGAAUACAUCGAUAUAUACUUUCACGAGGAAUAG